GCCACCUCAGGUUUCAAGCCUCAGCAGCAGUUUGAUGUUGGACGCUGUUGCGGCAGCAUCGAGACUCGCGCGCCGAUCGGAACCUUUGGCGUCUCUUUUAAAGCUACGCAGGACUCGCAGCCACAUCGUUUUUCAGGAAUAAUUUUCCCCGAUUUUCGUACCGGUUUCCGGCAGGUUCCUGCAGUUCGACCGAUUAUCAUCCCGUUUCGCAGACUCGUCAAACCGGUAAAAAAAAAGUCAUGCGUAAUCCUUGCGCGACCAGGACUCGGCAGGCAAUGACGAUCAGCGGUGCUUACAAGCUUUGGAUAAUCGCGUUUUAGUGCAAGGUGGAAAAUGUGCGGUGGAAAAAAUCUAUUAUUGUAGCAUUUAACUAGGUUUGAAUAAUCUAAACUUUGGUGUGUGCGAUCGUUGUGAUUUGGCGGUCAAACUACAACCGUUUCGAAAAACCGAACGAUGAUCGUAAUUCGGCAGUGAAGAGAGCUUCUCGCAGUGCGUCGACUACUCUGUGCAACGAUUAUUCAAUAUACGUACGGUCGCAACAGUGUCUUCUUACAAAUUAUUUACCGCCUAUUUACAAUUGUUCGUUUGCCGAAACACAAUUUCAUUUGUUUAAAUCGAGAAUCAUCAUCGAUCGUUCCGUGAGGUUUCAAUCGUGAGUGAGUCAGGAUUUCAACACACGUAAUACGUGUAUCAUUGUCAGUGAUAACAAACGAAUCGUCAUUUGGAUGAAUCAUACUUUGGCUGGCUGAAAUUAAGCGCAAAAAAUGAAGAUCGAUUUCACGCCUCUGACUACUGGUUCGACCAAAGCCAUGAACAUCCUGCUAUCCAACGGAAUCUUCUCGCUGAUUCUGUGCAUGGCAGCUGCUCCAGCUGACGUAAUGGUGCUCGGCAAGCCGAGCUUCAUCUCAGACCAAGGCCAGUUCGUUCGUAAAUGUAUUUACUCCAAAUGGUAUUCGAAGCUGCAGGUCAAUUGCAGCAGGAGAGAUUUCGAGAACAUUCCAGAGAAACUGAACACCAAAGUCGAGAUAAUGGUGAUGUCCUCCAACCGGCUGAGAGAAAAAUUACCGCCUCAUACCUUCGCCCCGUAUACAAGACUGGUGUCCCUCUUCCUCAAUGACAAUUUUUUGAACGAUAUCAACAACACUAUCGAGGACCUCCAGUAUCUUCAAGUCCUCGACAUAUCUAACAAUGGUUUUUACGUCCUACCGUCGACCCUCUUCCAGCUUCCGUAUCUCCGUACGCUGUACCUGUCGCGCAACUACCUCACGGACGGAACAUUCAAGCUGGAAGUAACUUCGCCAAUCGAACAUCUUGAGAUCGGGCGGAACCAGUUGACGAAAAUACCGUCGAUCGGACCUCAGCCGUUGCUGACUAAACUGAACCUAUCGAGUAACAAGAUUGAUCGGCUAUCGGUGGACGAUGUGGCUCCGUUCUGCAAAUUAGAAUUCUUGGAUAUCACCAACAAUCCCAUAUCGUUAGAGGACUCGAGUUGCGAUUGUCACCAAUUCAUGAAGUGGGUGAAAAUGCGCAACAUAACGCUUGUAUCGAAUAUUGCCUGUAAACGCGAGACCCUCGAUUCUUGCAGCGCAACGAGUUUCACAAACGAGACGAUGGCGUUGUACAACGAAUGCUUAGGAGCGAUCGAGAUCGCCAAAGCUCAAGCCAAGGCGAAGGCGACCUGGAUAACAGCGGGAAGCUGCAUCCUCGCCUUUUUGGUUUGCGUCAUAAUCGGUCUUUACUGUGUCCAUAAGAGGAAUAAGAAGCGGGAAAAGAAAAAGAAGAAGGCGCAAAAAUUGGCCGCAAAUAACGCGAACACGGAACUGCUCAACGGCAAUUUGCCUGAGCCAGUCUAGGAGGCGGUCCUCGAGUGAAAAUGUGCCUGAGCUUCUCUUCAAUGGCGGAUAAAUCGCCGGUGAUAAGGAACACGCGUGGUCUUGAACGACCAGACGUGAAGUGGAAAGAGCAACUGUGUGCAUGCGUGAAACUGACAUGUGACGGUCGUUCUGGGGUUUUUUUUUUUAUUUGCGAAAUCACGACUUACAAGUAGACUUGUAGAUGUAUCUCAAGGGUCGUGGUAUUAUCCGGAAACUUUGUGAAGUGGAACACCAUUUUACCCCUGACCUGGACAAAAUGCCUAAACCACUUCUUUCUAAGGAAUUUAAGAACAAAACAAACAUGAAUGAGAACAUUUAAACACUGUAAUUAUCAUAAUUUUUUACGUUAAUUAAACAACGAGAUUAUCCUACCGUAAUUGUUGCCGCUUGUGAAAGAUAUGAACUUCAGAUAUUGUUGCAAACUGUGUAACAUCACUUGUUGAAGUAUUAUAACGUUCAUCGUAAGUCAUAUAUAAGUGACUGUAUACAUAUAAAGCAAUCGUUCAAUUUUAUGCACGUGAACAUUUUCUCUCAUGGCAUAUUUUAUCGUGCACAGUAUAAAGUUCAAACGAUACUGUCAUAUACAAUAGUAUUCCAUAAUGAUGAAAAAAUUUUUCAUAGAGGUGAUCGAUGAUUACUUGUGCAAAUCUUAAAUUAAAUCGCAUCAGUCAAGUGAAUGUUAUUGAAUUUAACGAUAUUAUUGUAUGAUUAUUAUCAUUAGUAUUACCGUUAUUGUUGUUGUUAUUAAAUUAAUUUUUUUUCAUUUAGUACCAUCACACAGAUGCAACGAUAAGGAAGAUUCGCAGUUGCUUUUUUCCUUUCGUUGUCCUCGUAAUUUCUUUUUCUUACGACCAACUACCAAAUAUAAUAAAGAUUUAUAUUAUGUAUUAUAGUUCCUAUGUGCUUAUUGUUACGUUCCAACGAUUCAGUUGUUUAUUGCGGUAAUUUUCUAUUUUGCUUCCUUAAUAUAAUUACAGAUGUCGUUUUAGAUACCUAAAUGCAUAAAAAAUGUUUAUACUUGUACUGUAUACAUAUCAAUUCUAUGAAGUAAAUUGAUCAAAUAUCGAUGGCAACGUACACUAUAUAAUGCAGGUAAUUCAUUGAAAUAUGCUCUCAUUUGUUUACAUAAUUGUAUUACGUAGUAAUUGUUACGUAAUAACACAGAAUUUAAUUUAUAUCUAAUUUUACUGUUUCCACAUAGUUGUACGUGUAUUAUAUAAAUAUAGUUAUUUUUUUAGGUGUAAAUUAAUUUCGGUUUUUUUAUAGUUUCAUUUUAUGAAUUUUUGUUUCAUAGUUCAAUCUCAAAUUUUUCGACAGUGAAUUUCAGUUUUAAACUAUGUUAUCGUCUCGAAGAAUAAAAAAAAUUGUCCACUCACUAAAAUCUGAGUCCAACCAGUCUUGGAAAAUUUCCGAGGCUUGAAAAAUUCUGAUACCGGUUCUUGAUAUAUCACUUGGAAACAAAGUUUCGAUUGAUCAACCAAAUGUUACAUCACAUAAGUGCUAUGAAUUAUAAAAAAAAAAAAACUUACACUCGUCUUUCAAGAAAGGUCUGUACAUUUAGAAAUCCGACAAGAUUGUCGUAAAUUGUGGGCCUGUUUCCCAAGCUUACUUUCUCAAUCCCGCGGAAACGUCAUUUCUGAUAAAUCAUGAUUCUAGCAUAUUCUAGCAAAGUACAAGAUCUACGAAAAAUCUCAUGUUACAGUCAUUUAAUAGCGGUAGAUUCAGCUGAAACGUGACGUUAGUUGAUGCGAUAAUAAACAAUCUUGCGAUGUUAGUUAUUAUAAGCAACUUCGGCUUCUUGCGGUCACCGACACGCGAGAAUCUUUGAUGAUUUUGCUAUCAAAAGGGAUAAAAUUAAAUAAGCUUCCGGCUCACGAAUUGCACUGACAUGCGGUGCGUGGUAUUGCGAUAUAAAAAAGGUGAAAUGUAUCAGGAUACUCUACGAAGGCUUCAGCAGUAGUCUGGAUUCUUUCCCGAACCGGCACAUGCGAAAUUAACUAACAGACUUAAAAGGAUAAGGCAGUAUUUUUUUAAAACAUAUAUACACAUAUUUGUAAAAUAAAUAGUAAUCCAAACA